UAUUUUUAUUAGAAACAUUUUAAAUGGUUUUUUUUUGGGGUAAAAUAUUCCAAAAUGGUUGAUAUUUCCCGGCAAAAGGGUUAACGACCAUAAAAGCUAAUGAAAGCAUUUCUAUAGAUAGAGAACGAUCGUCCUACACAUAUCACACCUAUUUGUAUUCUCUAUCGUCCACCAAAUCCUUAUUCACCCAAUAAAACUGAGUUAUUUGAGAAUAAAAAACAAAAAGACAACAUUUUAAUCAGGGAAUGCUUUUGCGUUUGGUUCAAGGAUUUGUUUGGCAGAAAUGGAGCAGAAGAGCGUGUUGUUCUCAGCGUUAGGGGUCGGUGUUGGUUUAGGACUCGGGCUAGCAUCAGGUCAAGGUUUAGGUAAAUGGGCAAACGGCUCGGUAUCUGCAGAAGAUGGUCUUACGGGAGAAAAGAUUGAGCAAGAGUUGGUGAGGCAGAUUGUUGAUGGAAGAGAGAGUGGUGUCACUUUCGACGAGUUUCCUUAUUUCCUAAGCGAGAAAACUCGGCUUUUAUUGACAAAUGCAGCUUAUGUUCACCUAAAGCAGUUCGAUAUCUCCAAGCACACUCGUAAUCUUGCACCUGCAAGUAAGGCUAUUUUACUUUCUGGACCUGCAGAGUUUUAUCAGCAAAUGCUAGCAAAAGCAUUGGCUCAUUACUUUGAAUCGAAACUAUUACUACUAGAUGUAACAGACUUCUCUAUUAAGAUACAAAGCAAGUACGGAUGCGUCAAGAAGGAACCUUCUCACAAGAGGUCUAUUUCUGAGCUGACGUUGGACAAAAUGUCGAAUCUAGUGGGAUCUUUCUCUAUGCUCACCCAAAGGGAACAACCAAGAGGGACCUUGCGUAGGCUCACUAGUGGCAACGAUCUUACCUCAAGGGGCUUUGAAGGUUCAAGUCAUCCUCCGCAACUCAAGCGAAAUGCUUCUGCUGCUUCUGAUAUCAGUAGUAUAUCAUCCCGUUCUGGAACUUCUGUUUCAGCUUCAAGCAAACGCAGUACAAACUUGUGUUUUGAUGAGAGACUUUUCCUUCAGUCACUUUACAAGGUCUUGGUUUCGGUUUCGGAAGCCAAUCCUAUUAUAAUAUACCUAAGGGACGUUGAGAAGCUUCUUCAGUCAGAAAGGUUCUACAAACUGUUCCAGAAGCUCUUGUCUAAGCUUUCUGGACCUGUUUUACUUCUCGGCUCAAGACUAUUAGAACCUGAAGAUGACUGCCAACAAGUAGGAGAAGGCAUUUCCGCUUUGUUUCCUUACAACAUCGAGAUCAGACCUCCAGAGGAUGAAUCUCAACUCAUGAGCUGGAAAACUCGGUUUGAAGACGACAUGAAACUGAUUCAGUUCCAGGACAACAAGAACCACAUAGCUGAGGUUCUUGCGGCUAAUGAUUUAGAAUGUGAUGACUUAGGUUCGGUAUGCCAUGCAGAUACCAUGUUCCUAAGCAGUCACAUUGAGGAGAUUGUGGUUACUGCAAUCUCUUACCAUCUGAUGAACAACAAAGAACCUGAGUACAAAAACGGGAGGCUUGUAAUAUCUUCCAACAGCUUAUCCCAUGGACUGAGUAUAUUCCAGGAAGGUCAUAGUUGUCAUGGGAACUCCUUGAAGAUGGACAGAAACUCUGACUCCAAGGGAGAAGAAAGUGAAGGGAUGAUAAACAGUGAGCUCAAAUCUGAGACGACUCCUUCAGAAAAGAAUGAAUGUCCCCUGCCUCCAAAAGUACCUGUAAACGAGGUACCACCUGAUAAUGAAUUCGAGAAGCGCAUAAGACCAGAGGUUAUCCCUGCAGAUGAGAUCGGUGUGACGUUUGCUGACAUAGGUUCACUAGACGAAACCAAAGAAUCACUUCAAGAGCUUGUCAUGCUUCCUCUCCGUAGGCCUGACCUGUUCAAAGGAGGCCUUCUCAAGCCCUGCAGAGGGAUCCUCCUCUUUGGACCACCUGGCACCGGUAAAACCAUGAUGGCGAAAGCUAUAGCGAACGAAGCUGGAGCUAGUUUCAUAAACGUGUCUAUGUCCACAAUCACUUCAAAAUGGUUUGGAGAAGACGAGAAGAAUGUGAGAGCUUUGUUCACACUUGCAGCUAAAGUGUCUCCGACUAUUAUCUUUGUUGAUGAAGUGGAUAGCAUGCUGGGGCAGAGGACUAGAGCUGGAGAGCAUGAAGCUAUGAGGAAGAUUAAAAACGAGUUCAUGACGCAUUGGGAUGGGCUUAUGUCGAGUUCAAGUGAUAGGAUUCUCGUUCUUGCUGCAACAAACAGGCCGUUUGAUCUUGAUGAAGCCAUCAUUAGGAGGUUUGAGAGAAGAAUCAUGGUUGGUCUUCCAUCGGUGGAGAGCAGGGAGAAGAUCUUGAGAACUUUACUGUCAAAAGAGAAGACAGAGAAUCUUGAUUUCCAUGAGCUUGCACAGAUGACAGAUGGCUAUAGUGGAAGUGAUCUCAAGAACUUUUGCACAACAGCUGCAUAUAGACCAGUGAGGGAGCUGAUAAAGCAUGAGUGCUUGAAAGACCAGGAGAGGAAGAAGAGAGAGGAGGCAGAGAAGAGUAGUAGUGAAGAGGGAACUGAAGCAAAAGAAGAAGCAUCUGAGGAGAGAGUGAUAACGCUGAGAGCUUUGAGCAUGGAAGACAUGAGAGUAGCUAAAAGCCAGGUUGCUGCUAGUUUUGCAGCAGAAGGAGCAGGAAUGAAUGAACUGAAGCAGUGGAAUGAAUUGUAUGGAGAAGGAGGCUCCAGGAAGCAGGAACAGCUCUCUUACUUCCUUUAGUAACCCCAACAAAUUCCUGAUAACAUUUUCUACAAAUUUUUCAUCUUUAUGAGUAAUAUUUCAUAGUAUUAUCAUACUAUUAAACUUUAAUUCUGGAGAUUUUGUAAAUAAAACAUGUACAGUUAAUUAUCUCUUGUUUAUUAUUAAUACAAAAUUUAGCUGUUUUUGUCAAGCCUCAUUUUUAUAUUUCACAGAUUUUAAAGAUAAGAUAGACCAAACAUAUCUUGCAACAUUGUUUCACUUCUUUUAAUUGUAUAUAAUUUGUGUAUCCAUCUUACGAUCUGCACAUAGACAUAGCCGUGGAGUAGAGAGUGUUAAACAACUUACAUGAACAAACAUCAGAAGAAACUAUAGAGUAAACCAAAUGGUCAGGUUUGAUUGUGUACAGUUGGGAGCCUCUUAUGUUGAUGGAGUGAAUAGAUGCAGAAGCGAAGACCAA